UGUUAGUUUCUUCUUCCUGGUGCUCUUCUUAGCUUUUCUCUCCUCGUCCUUCGCUUGACACCAACAUAAUCCCAAAAAAUAAAAGUAAAAAAAAAAAGAAUUUUUUUUUUGAAGCUAGUUCUUGGUAGAUAUGGAUUUGAUAAACUCCGUCUUGAAUUUGGUGGUGCCACCUGCAAGUUUACUUAUGCUUGCCUUUGCAUGGCCAACUUUGUCAUUCAUCAAUGCUUGUGAAUGGCUGUACAAUACUUACUUCAGUGAAGAGAUGGACAACAAGGUGGUUGUCAUCACCGGAGCUUCUUCUGGGAUUGGAGAACAAAUUGCCUAUGAAUAUGCAAAAAGGGGUGCCAAUCUUGUACUGGUGGCACGAAGAAACAACAGGCUCCAUGGCAUAGCUGAUAACGCUCAACGUUUGGGCUCAAGGCAUGUGUUGAUAAUGGCUGCAGAUGUUGUCAAGGAAGAAGAUUGUAGAAGAUUCAUCAAUGAAACUAUCAACUACUUUGGGUGUGUGGACCAUCUAGUAAACACAGCUAGCUUGGGGCAUACUUUCUUUUUCGAGGAAGCUACAGAUGCAUCAGUAUUUCCGAUUUUAUUGGACAUAAACUUUUGGGGGAAUGUGUAUCCAACCUAUGUGGCUCUGCCUUAUCUCCGGCAAACUAAUGGUCGAAUCGUUGUGAAUGCUUCAAUUGAAAAUUGGUUACCUUUGCCGAGAAUGAGCUUAUAUUCUGCGGCCAAAGCUGCACUUAUAAACUUCUAUGAAACCCUGAGAUUUGAAGUGAAGGAUGAAGUCGGCAUAACAAUCGCAACCCAUGGUUGGAUAGGGACUGAAAUGACCCGUGGAAGAUUCAUGGUUGAAGAAGGUGCAGAGAUGCAAUGGAAAGAAGAAAGAGAAGUACAAGUGACUGGUGGUCCCGCAGAGGAUUUUGCAAAGUUGAUCGUGGGUGGGGCUUGCCGACAAGCUGCAUAUGUAAAAUACCCAAGCUGGUACGACAUAUUCUUUGUUUUCAGGGUCUUUUCUCCUAAUGUCCUGUACUGGACCUUUCACUUGCUCUCCACAAGUCAUGUUUCAAGAAGAACUUCUUUCAUCGGCACUGGAAGGCCUCUUUUGGAGGGCUCCCCUCCGAGGAAACUUCUCACUGGUGCAAGUCCUGGUACCUCCUCUCAGUCUCAAGUACCCGUUUACCAGCAGCAGAAAGUGGAAUGAGAGGGUUAUAGUCAUGAUCAUUAUUAUUUACCGGUUUUGAUGUUUACUUUGUUUUCUUGUGAUACUUUGGAGAAAUUUGUCUCAGACAACUGUAAAAGAGUAUUAUCAAUUUCUGUAGAUGAAUAACUCAAUAAUCUUGUCUGCACAUCAAACUUUUUUUCAUCCUAAUAUAGCUUGUAAUCAGCUACUGCUGCAGGACA